AUGCCAGAGCGUGACCAGGUGGAGGAAGGUGCCCACGAGGGGGAGCAGACAGCCACAACACAAGGAAAUGUGGAAAAAAAGGAUAUUUCUGAAUACUAUGAACAAUUGUUUCAGUCAAUUUUGAAACAUCACCUAGAAGAAGUAGUGACAGGAUUAUUGCUCAUAUACCCCACUUCCUUUCUGCAUAUCCUUGAGUCCUCCAGUGGUGCUCUCUUCCAAAUUCUCCUAGAUUAUCUUGGCCAUGAAAACGAUGAGAAAGAAUUUUUUAUACAAGAAAUGAAAAUUAUAGUCAUUUCCCAUAACAUCCCAACUCGGCUUUUCAUGCAAUGGCAUGUUUCAGCAAUAAAAGUGCCAGUUAUGUAUCUCGAUGACGUGACACAAUCCCAGUCCCUAAAAGAGGUCAUCACAGAUUUUAUCACCCAAAUUCAUAAACUGUCACUCUACCUUUUUAAGACUAUUAAAGUGGUCACUAAAGGACCAGGCGAUAACUUGCACCAUGCUGUACCUGACCUACUCCUUCCAGAGCAAAUCAUAAAGUACUUGUGCGAAUCUGAAGAAUUCAUGGACCCAGCAACAUUCAUAAAUAUGUACAAUAGACCCAUGCAUGUCACGUUGGAUUCUGAGGUGGUAUGGCCUGCUCCUUCCCAUUUCUAGGAUUGAUAGAGACUGUGUGCUCAUAUCUCUUAAGGAAUUUAUGCUACUUAAAUAAAAGGAAAAUAUUUAUAAAGUUA